CAGUCAUCCGAAUCCCGUUUGCAUUAGGGUUUUGAAGCCGUCGUCUGAGCAGCAGCACGCAGCGGCUAGUUCUCCAUCUUCGUCGCCAUGGGUCGUAUGCACAGCGGAGGUAAGGGUAUUUCGGCAUCAGCCAAGCCAUACAAGAGGAGUCCACCGAGCUGGUUGAAGAUUUCAUCUCAAGAUGUUGAGGAAAAUAUUUGUAAAAUUGCAAAGAAAGGGUUAACACCAUCCCAGAUUGGUGUUAUCCUUAGGGAUUCUCAUGGUAUUGCUCAGGUGAACAGUGUAACUGGAAGUAAGAUUCUGCGAAUAUUGAAGGGACAUGGGCUUGCUCCUGAUAUCCCUGAGGAUUUGUACCACCUUAUCAAGAAAGCAGUUGCCAUCCGUAAGCAUUUGGAAAGGAACAGGAAAGACAAGGAUUCCAAAUUCAGGUUGAUUCUUGUUGAGAGCAGGAUCCACCGUCUCGCUCGCUACUACAAGAAGACCAAGAAGCUGGCACCUGUCUGGAAAUACGAGUCGACCACCGCCAGCACUCUCGUCUCCUAGAAAAGAUCUAUUUUUGUACAAGCUGGAGGAAUGAAGUGGGUGUUUUUUAUAUUUGUUAUCUUGCAUUAAGAUUUUAGUCUUUCUGGCUUAAUAUAACCAUGGUGCUUUUAAAUGAUAAUUUGGACGAGAGUUUUUUGUAUCAAUGUAAUGCAUUUAGUUGCCUUUUAUUUA